AUGAAGGUUAAAAAAGAAAAACAAGUUAAGGAAAUAGGUGAAACGGUAAAGGAAGAAGCAGAAAUGGCAUUCGAAAUGGAAUUACAAAAGCCUAGUAGUGAUGCUACUCUAGCGGUAAUCCUGCAGACUGCAAUAAAUGAAGCAACUUCAAUGAAGGUUAAAAAAGAAAAACAAGUUAAGGAAAUUGGUGAAACGGUAAAGGAAGAGGCAGAAGCGAUAGAAAUGGCAUUCGAUAUGGAAUUACAAAAGCCUAGUAGUGAUGCUACUCUAGCGGUAAUCCUGCAGACUGCAAUAAAUGAAGCAACUUCAAUGAAGGUUAAAAAAGAAAAACAAUUUAAGGAAAUUGGUGAAACGGUAAAGGAAGAGGCAGAAAUGGCAUUCGAAAUGGAAUUACAAAAGCCUAGUAAUGAUGCUACUCUUGCCGUAAUUCUGCAGACUGCAAUAAAUGAAGCAACUUCUAUAAGGUUUAGAAAAGAAAAACAAGUUAAGGAAAUAGGUGAAACGGUAAAGGAAGAGGCAGAAAUGGCAUUCGAAAUGGAAUUACAAAAGCCUAGUAAUGAUGCUACUCUUGCCGUAAUCCUGCACACUGCAAUAAAUCAAGCAACUUCAAUGAAGGUUAAAAAAGAAAAACAAUUUAAGGAAAUUGGUGAAACGGUAAAGGAAGCGACAGAAAUGGCAUUCGAAAUGGAAUUACAAAAGCCUAGUAGUGAUGCUACUCUAGCGGUAAUCCUGCAGACUGCAAUAAAUGAAGCAACUUCAAUGAAGGUUAAAAAAGAAAAACAAGUUAAGGAAAUUGGUGAAACGGUAAAGGAAGAGGCAGAAGAGACAGAAAUGGCAUUCGAAAUGGAAUUACAAAAGCCUAGUAGUGAUGCUACUCUAGCGGUAAUCCUGCAGACUGCAAUAAAUGAAGCAACUUCAAUGAAGGUUAAAAAAGAAAAACAAGUUAAGGAAAUAGGUGAAACGGUAAAGGAAGAGGCAGAAAUGGCAUUCGAAAUAGAAGAUGAGGCGAAGAGUGACGAAAUGCCCUCAGAAAUGCCUAAAGCAGAAACAUCUAAAUUGGAAGAAUUCCUUGUCAAGCAGAAUGAUUUGGUUGACGAGCCUGUUAGAGUUGAAGAAAAACAAAGUAAAAAGAAAAAGAAGAAAAAGGAGCGUGAGGAAGUCGCAAAGAUUGAAGAAGUUGUAGUCGAAUUCAACCUUGGCAAACCGAUGGAAUCGGAGACACUGGAAGCUAUUUUACUGCAAACUGCUUUCGAUGCCAAUCUGCUACAAAUAGCGGAAGAUAGAAAGGAUAGAGGAAAGCUGCGAAGGGUUCCACAACUUGAAGAGGCGAAGAGUGAUGAAAUGCCCUCAGAAAUGCCUAAAGCAGAAACAUCUAAAUUGGAAGAAUUCCUUGUCAAGCAGAAUGAUUUGGUUGACGAGCCUGUUAGAGUUGAAGAAAAACAAAGUAAAAAGAAAAAGAAGAAAAAGGAGCGUGAGGAAGUCGCAAAGAUUGAAGAAGUUGUAGUCGAAUUCAACCUUGGCAAACCGAUUGAAUCGGAGACACUGGAAGCUAUUUUACUGCAAACUGCUUUCGAUGCCAAUCUGCUACAAAUAGCGGAAGAUAGAAAGGAUAGACGAAAGCUGCGAAAGGUUCCACAACUUGAAGAGGCGAAGAAUGACGAAAUGCCCUCAGAAGUGCCUAAAGCAGAAACAUCUAAAUUGGAAGAAUUCCUUGUCAAGCAGAAUGAUUUGGUUGACGAGCCUGUUAGAGUUGAAGAAAAACAAAGUAAAAAGAAAAAGAAGAAAAAGGAGCGUGAGGAAGUCGCAAAGAUUGAAGAAGUUGUAGUCGAAUUCAACCUUGGCAAACCGAUUGAAUCGGAGACACUGGAAGCUAUUUUACUGCAAAUUGCUUUCGAUGCCAGUCUGCUACAAAUAGCGGAAGAUAGAAAGGAUAGACGAAAGGUUCCACAAUUUGAUGAGGGAAAGAGUGGUGAAGUAGAAAUAGAAGAGCGUGGCGCAGGCGAUGCAGAAUUACUAGAACGAGGUCUCCUUGUUAUGAAAUGUGAAAAAGAGGAGGGAAAGAAGAAAAGUGAUGCUGAUUAUGUCCUAAAUGGCCAUGAUAUUUUCGUCGAUGUUAGCCUCGGCGAAAUAAUGGAAUCAGAAUUGAAUGGUUCUCAGCAAACUGCUGAUUCGCUCUUCCUACUGGAUAUCGAAGAAAAGAAGCUCAUGCAAAGAAUAAAUAAAUUUUCUCCAUCUGGAGAGGUGAAGAUUUAUGAUGCUUGCUGGGAAUUGCCUAAAAAUGAAGCAGAAGUGCCGAAACUAAAAGAGCUUGCUAAGAUGAAGGAAGUUGUUGUACAGCUUAAUACAGCUGAAAAAGGGGAAAUUGCUGAGAAUGUCGAGAAAGAUCGAAAAACUUAUAUUGUUGCCGAGGUUUACCUUAAUAAAGCGGUGCUAUCGGAAGGGUUGGAAACUAGUUUAAGACGAAAUUUUAGUUCCAUCUUCCUGCAGAUAAAAGAAGCGAAGAGACUUAAGCAAAAGAUAAGUAGCAUUAUAAUGGAACAAGAGUUGGAGGAUAAGACGAAAGAUGAUCUGCUUCAAAUUGUUGAUAUUGGUCGCUCGUUUAGUUUUGCUAUGAGAAGAACUGAAAAAAUUGGCGUUGGUGCAAUCUUUGAUUCCGAAAAAUUGAAUGAAAAAAUUUCGUUAGAUGAGGAAAUCAUACGUCCAUCUGUUAAUGGAUAUGCAACAACACUUGUCAAACAUUUGCACAAAAUUUUUUCUCAUAUCAUCUUUUACUGUAAUCAAAAGGCGUGUGAGUUAGACGAGUGCUUUCGUAAGGAAACAUUCGACAAUGCGAUGUUUCUUACAAUUAUUCCAACUUUUCGUUUUGCAAAUGUUUCCGUAGAAUUUGCAGAGCCACCCACUAUUAUCAAAUUGGACAUCCCCAGUGCAUACGGGCAAGAUAUUGCUAUUUCAGGUGUUGACGCAGAAAUAGUUGUUGCUGCAGGCGAAGAAAUUGCUACCACACAAGCCAUAGUUGAUGUCAUUGUAUCAAGUUUUGGUGAAGCUAUGCUGAAGGCACUAGAAAUAUUAACAACAAUUCUUGAUGUAGAUGUUUCCUUACAGUCAUUAGAGGAUGAAGAAUCUAUUGAAGCUAUUGGUACUACGUCAAUGUUCCAAGCGAUAUCACUAAUGCUACAAGUGCCGAGUACAGUUGCAACCAUUACUCGAUCCAUUAAUGAGAAAAAAAUGAGGAUUUCAGCAGAAAAUCAGGAAAUUUCUGUAAAGGAAACAGAAAAUAUAACAGAAUUAGUGACACUAGACCAGAAUGCUUCUUUCGAAUUUCGUACAAAACAAAAAGACAUUAUUGGUGCCGAAAAUGUGGAUAUGAAAGUUUAUUUGGGAGUGAGAAAUACCGAUCAAACAAUGGAGCAUACAGAGGAAGAUGCUCAGGAUCGAGAAGUUACCAUUAAGAUGGAUGAUGCCAAAGUACAAAAAGAGCUAAAGGGUCUAUUGAAUGCCAUAGGAGUUAGAACCGCUGAAAAAGAAGUCGAAACUGAUAAGCAAACUGCAAAACCUAAAGAAUCACGAAAAAAACAUGUAGAACUAUCAGAAAAGCAGAGAUCGACCAAUGAAAAGUUGCUAAAGAGGGCUGAAAAAGCUAGUAAAGCUGAAAUAGAGCAUGAAAUUCCUCAAUUAGAUGAAAGCGAAUCGAAAUACAUAGAAAUCAAGCGAAAUGAAGAAAAAAUAAAACCCGAAAAAGAUAUAUUAAUGGACCAAAAUAGAACGAUGCAAAGAAUUGAACAGAAGAAGAAGAUCCCAAAAACUUUAGUUAUACCUGCUGAAAUAAGCUCAAAAUAUGGUGACAAAAGUACUCUUCUAUCAGAAACAUUCAUUACAACACAAGUAACUUUAAAUGAAGCCACUGCGGAAGUCGAAGCUGUUCCAUCUCCAAGGCCUCCGUCUGCCACUAUAACGAUGAAAGUUGAUUCAGCCAAAAACGUGAGAUCUCGGCCUAGCACUCCGAAGUCGGCAAUAGCAUUCACUUUCAAAGAAGCAGUUGAAAGUGUCGAAGAAAGAAUACAGAAAAAGCCAAAAGAACGUAAGGAUCUUCCACCAUUACCUAAAGCCGUAGCGAUAAUUGAGCCUGAACCCUUCACAGAAUUAAACACUAUGAUGAUCAAUGAGGAAUGCAAAACUAUUAAAAAUAUUGGAUUUUCCAUUUCACAACUAGAAAAACUAACUUUUGAGAUAAAAGCAAUUAAUAAAAAAAUAAAAAAACGCAAAAAAGCUGAAAUAGCGCAAGAAGAAAUAAGCGUAGAAGAAUUUAAAAAUGAUUGGAAAUCGAAGGAUGAUAAUUUGGAAAAAAACAUAAAAUUGAAAGAAAAGGAAAUAAAGGAAAAGAAACCGAAGGAGGAGAAAGCCAUCAGAAAAAUGAGAAAAUCGGUCGCUAAAAGAAUGGAAGAAAAGCAUUCAGAAAAAUCCAUCACAAAUAUCAAAGAUGAAGCAGAUUCCAAGGUGUCAGAGGCCCAUGAUGAAAAGAAAUCAGAUUCACAGGAAAAAAAAAAAUCACCAAAAGUGCAAGGAUUCGAUGAAGAAAAGGUAGCGACGGUAAAUAAGAGAGAAAUGGUGAAACCAGAAAAAACAAAUGUUGACGCUAAUAAAUUGAUAAAGGAAAAGCCAGUUGAAAACGCUGGAAAGGAAAAAGAUCAAGAAGUGAAAUUUACUAAUUGGAUUGAAGCAAAGGAAGAAGAAGUAAAAACUGUUGAAAAAGUAAAACAGCAGAUAACUAAAAUGAAGAAAACUACCGAGAUUGGCGUCGAAGCACAGUUUAAACAACUUCAGAAAAAGUUGGCUGCUAUGAAAAUAUUGAAUAUACCCAUAAAAGCUGAAGAAAAAGCCAAAGAAACUAUUCAUGAACACAAGAUAGAAAGAAAGGAACUCGAUCAAAAAACUAUUGAAAAAGAUGAAAAACCUGGCAAAAAGAAAGAAAGAGUCCCGCAAGAAAAAGGCUUUGAUAAUAAAAUUAUUGGCCACAUUUUAUCCAAAAUGCCUGAAUUGUUGUAUGAGGAAUUGGAAAUAUCACUCGAAAAUGCGACACAAACAAACAAAUUGAAAGAAACUGAAAGAACUAUAGGAAAAAAGAAAUCGAAGAAAAAUAAAUUGGAUGGUGAAAUCAAAGUGCCAACGAUGGUGCAAAUUGAAGGACUUCAAAAAGAAAUUGAAUUUGAUAUGCCAUCUGAUGAACUUCAAAAAGCUCGAAUACUGGAUGUCGAAAAGACUAAUUAUGAAGUACGUGUACGGAAAAAGCGUAAUGGCUUCCUAAUACCUCCAGAUCAAGAGGUAUUUGCUCUUCGUGAUGAAAAAAUCAGAAUUGAGUGUGAGCUAUACAAUGAAGAAGAUGAACUUUCAUGGUUUUUAAAUGGUAAACCAGUUUCGGAUGAUUGCAGAUGUCAUGAAGAAAGCUUAGGGUUCAUUCGAGCUCUCAAUAUUAGUAACUUAAUUCCGCAAGAUACAGGGAGUGUAAUAUUGGCAAGAACAGGUGAUCAUUGUUGUCAAACGAUAUUGUCAGUGGAAGAUGUGCCUGUAGAUAUCAUAGCAAAACUUCCUCGUCGAUCUUUUGCAAACGUCGGUGGAUCUGUAAAUCUUUCGGUGAAGACAUCACAUGCUGCUGAAAAUGUUCUUUGGUUUCGUAACGGUGAUGAGUCGCCACUGACUCAAAGCGAUUCCGUCAAAAUUAUUUCCCGAAACAAUGAGCACCAACUAAUAAUCAAAAAUUUAACCUAUGAUUAUGCUGGUCGGUAUACAGUAAAAGCUGAAGAUAGAGAAUCAUCAACGAUUUUAGAAAUACACGGUGCUCCGACUGUUGAUGAAACUCAAACAUCGAAGAUCGAAUUAGAAGCAGGAGAAAACCUCAUAUUAAGUACAAAUUUCACGGCCAUUCCUGAACCCACAGUCGAGUGGCUAUUUGAAGGAAAGCCACUUACUGAUAAUUUAAAAGUUCAGACUGAAGUAGUUCAAGAAUCUGCACAUCUUUGCAAACGAAAGGCUUCAAAAAAGGACUCUGGAAUCUAUACUGUAAAAAUUUCAAAUGAAUUUGGUGAAGCUACAACGAACAUCUUUGUACAUGUCAAAGAUGUACCAGAAGCUCCUAUUAAUCCACGCAUAAUUGAAAUAGCUGCCGACCGUGUUACGGUUGCAUGGGAUAUGCCUAAAGAUGAUGGUGGUAGCUCUAUUAUUGGUUAUGUCCUUGAAAAGAAGGAAUCAAAUCGACGUGCUUUUCAUCACGUAGCUCAGGUGAGUGAUGAAGAAACUAAAUACAUUCUCGAUGGUCUUGAAAUAAAUAGUAGUUAUGUCAUCCGUGUAGCGGCAAGCAAUAAAUAUGGUAUAGGAGAAUUUAUCGAAUUCCCCGCAGUCACAUCGGAGCUAUCACUGGAAGCACCAACUAUAGAAAAUGCUCCAGUCAUAACGAAUAUAAUCGAAAAUGGCUGCAUGCUCGAAUGGCAGGACGUAACGAAAGAUGGUGGAUCACCCAUUUAUGGAUAUGACGUUUUCUGUAGACAAGACAACGCUGAAUGGGUCAAACUUAAUGAAGAGCUUCUAUUCACGAAGCGUUACAGUGUAACUGAUCUAAUACAUGGCUCUUCUUAUGAAUUCAAGAUUGAGGCAACUAACGAAGCUGGAUUAAAGUCUAAUUCAAAUGUUGCAUCCGAAUCACUUAUGCUUACACCAUCAAUAUCAACAUCCAAAAGAAAAAUCAUUCCUCGGAUAAUAAUUACUGGACCUGACAGUGCAACUGCCGAUUGGGAUGAACCAGAGCUUGAUGAUGAUAAUAUUACAUCAUAUACAAUUAAAUAUAAAUCGGAAAAGAGUAUUAUGUGGUUUGAGGCAGAAGUGGAACAUCCUCCAGCAAAUAUUUCUGGACUUAAAGAGGGUGUUGCAUACGUCUUCAAAGUUGCGGCUAACAACGCUGCUGGCGUCGGCGAAUUCUGUGAGGAAACGGAGCCGAUCAAAGUUACAGCUAAAAUACAUCCUGAAAUAACCAAGAGUAUCAAGGAUACUUCAGUGCCCAGAAAACGAGAAUUGCGUUUAGAGUGCCAUGCAAGAGGCGAACCAACACCGCAAUAUAUCUGGUACAAGAAUGGUGAAGAAAUUGUUCCGAUUAAUGAUAAUAUAGAGGUUAUUAAUGAAGGCUAUAUGAGUAUACUCUUAAUACAUUCAACAACACAAGAAGACGCUGGAGAUUACGAGUGUAAAGUUAGCAAUGAACUUGGAGUAGAACAAUGCAAUGCAACAGUAAAUAUUUCAGAAGUUCGUGCAUAUUUUCAAUCAUCAUUUCCGGAAUUUAUGGAAGUUGAUGAAGAUGCAGAUGCAUUCUUCAAAUGUGAAUUAUCUGAUGCAGACGCAUCUAUUUUAUGGUAUAAAAAUGGUCGUGUCCUGGAAAAAAGUGAUCGAACAAUUAUCCUUGAAAAGGGAACUGAACGACAGUUAAUUAUUAAAUGCGUUAAACCAGAGGACAGUGGUGAUUAUGAAUGUGUAACGACUGAUGGACGAAGCAAAGCCUUUGGCAUACUUUGCGUAAAAGAAGAUGAACCGCACAUCAAACAGGGCCCUCAAGAUCAAACAAUUCAGAAGAUCGGAGAAAAUGUAGUAUUAACAUGCGAAGCAACUAAGCCUUUUAAAACUAUAAGAUGGUUCAAGAAUGGAAAAAAAGUUUGGCCAAGAAGCGAUAAAAUCAUAAUAACAACGCAUGGCCCAAUCUCGACAUUAGAAAUUGCGAAUUUCGAUGAACGUGAUGAAGGAGAAUACUAUGCACAUCUCGAACGAGAUGAAAGAAGCGUAUCUGCUGUACUACAACUGAAAGUCAAGCCAGAAUUACUGCUGCCAAAAACACUCGAAAAAAAAAUUACAACGAAUGUAGGAGCAGAUCUAGAUUUCAAAUUAAAUUUUACAGGGCAUCCAGUUCCAGAAAUUGAAGUCACUCUAAACGACGAACCACUUCAGAAAAAUAAAGCGUUAAUUGUCAAUUAUGAGAACACCAUUUCUAUUCGCUUGCACAGCCUUGAGCGACAAGAUUCCGGAAUACUGAAAAUAAUUGCAAAGAAUAACAGCGGAUUUGACCAGAAGGAAAUCCAUAUAAGCGUUGCAGAUAUUCCAUCACAACCAAGAAAUUUGAAUGCUUCGAAAAUUUCUGAAAACUCAGUUUUAUUGAACUGGGACCAUCCAGCCAAUGUCAAUGGUUCAGCAGUGCUAGAGUAUAUAGUAGAACGUAAAAUGGCUGAAGCAGGAAGAUGGCGUAAUUUGGCCAAGAUAAAAGCAUCUGAAACAAGAUUUGUGGCAAAUGAAUUGCUCGCUGAUUCCAUCUAUGCUUUCAGAAUUUUUGCAGUCAACAGUAUCGGAAAAAGUCCGCCUAGUAAUGAAAUAGAUGUUAUAAUAAAUACAAUGGAAAUUUUAGAACUAAGCGAAAAGAAAAACGUUAGUCGAGAUAUUGUCAAAGCUCCAGAAGUUAAGAUAACAUCAGAGAGAGGAAUACUUAUAAUAUGGCCUGAGGUUUCUGGUGCUAAAUCAUAUAGAAUUGAAAGAAUGUCCAAACAUAAGCUAUCAUGGCAAUGCAUUGACAUAAUUAAUACAACAUCUUACGAAGAUCGCUCAGUAGAAUUCGAUACAAUUUAUUUAUUUCGUGUUAUUACCAUAUUUAACAAUGAAUUCUCUCCACCAAGCGAACCGUCGGAUGAGAUUUCAGUUCCAAGACCAGUUGAAGCAAAAGAAGAUGAAGGAUUGAGUGAUCGAAAGACUAAGAAAAUGGAAGAAAUCGAACUUGAAAAUGGAGAAUUAGAAAAGUACCUCAGCAAAACCGUGGUUUCGUUGGAUCAAAUGCUCGAGAUUGCAAGCAAUCAAACAGAAGAAAAAUCUAGGAGAAAAGCAAAAAAAGACGCGAAGAAAGGAAAAAAAACCAAGGAGAUAGUAGUAAGCAAAGAUUACAUUACUGAAUUUACAGAAUUCGAUAACAAUGAACGACCACCUAAAUCUAUCAAACAGAAACAAGAAAAAAAGACCAUCGUAUCAAAGAAGGAAAAGAAGAGUGAGCAGCUCGAGGAAAUAUUACAAGACGCAAACGAACUGCAGAUAAGUAUUCAAGAUGAAAAUCUGAUUGAAAGCAAAGUUGAGAAAAAAAAGAACGUCGUCCAAAAAGCCAAAUCGAGUGGGGAACAAUUUAACCAAGCUGAUUAUUCAAAGAAAUUGGAACAAAAAGUCAACGAAGGCAAGGAAACAAGGAAAAAAGUAAGCAAAGAGAAAAUUAGCGGAAAAAUGGCGGAAAAUGGAACUUAUGAAGCCAAUGGAGAUUACAUUGAAGAAAUUCAACCAAUAAAGGAAAAACAAGAUAAAACGAGAAAACAUCAUAAAACGGAAGUGCUCGUGUUAGGUGAGCAACCUACUGUUAAAAAACAAGGCGUAAUCGAUAAAGAGGAGGAUCAAAAAGUUGCAAAAGAUAAGUCAAAUGUGGACGACAUGGAUAGUGAAAUAAAGGGAUCAGAUGCAGCAACUGAUGCUGAUAAGGCCGAAAUAGUUGCGGAAAAAAUUGCCGAAAAAAAAUCAGAGAAAACAAAGGUUUCUGUGAAAAAAGAAGAAGAGGAGAGCAAAAAUGAGAUUACAGAUAAAGCCAUUUCAGAAAAGUCUAGGAAAGCCACACAAUUUCUUAAAGUAACAGCUGAAAACACUGAAAAAAUUUUAUAUUUUAAUACAAAAGCUGAGUUGCUGGCAAAUAUUGAAGGUGACUUCGAAAGAUGCCUUUGGACGCAUAACGGACAACUUCUGGAUGAGAAGGAUAUAAAAACGUCGACAACAACCUCAGUGUUACAUUUAAAUAAGAUCAAUGAAGCAACCUCUGGAAAAUACAUCUGUUCUGUGGAAAAUGCAUUGUCCAAAUCUUCAGUCGAUUUCCACGUUUCCGUUAUCGAUGCUCCAAAGAUUGAGUUGGCAGCAAGAUAUGUUGAACUGAAAGCAGGUGAACCACUGAAGCUAUUUGCCAGUGUAACCGGUUUGCCAAAACCUGAUUGUAUAUGGAUGAAAGAUGAAACCGUAUUAAAGACCAAAAAAAACUUUUGUGCCACUUAUCUCAACGAUAUAGCGACACUAGUUGUCGAUAAAGUUGAUGUGGCGGACUCUGGUAUUUAUAAAAUUCUCGCAAGGAAUCCUUUUGGAAAAUGUGAAAUGGAUAUAAAGGUUACAAUCAAAGGUACUCCAUCAGCUCCAAUUGGUCCUUUAGAAAUUUUAAGAAUAACCAACGAAUCUUGUCAUCUUGCAUGGAAACCACCGAAAAAUGACGGUAACAGUGAAAUUCUCGGAUACUGUAUUGAAAAACGUGAUUCUCAAAAGACAACUUGGGUUUUUCAUUCACGCGUGACAGAAAAAGAAACUGAUAUAACUGGGUUGAACCCUACUAUCAAAUAUUAUUUUCGUGUUUCAGCUGAAAAUGCCUUGGCAAAACAAGAGAAAUUACUAUCAAAGCCAACCAUGAAAGCCGCCACUGAAGAUUCCAUAACAAUCGGAUGGGCUCCUGUUGAGAGUUCAGGUGCAAUCACAUAUAAAUUGGAAAUGAAAGAAAGUAAAUCGAAAAACGGCUGGAUUGUAGUUGCUGAAGAACCCACAGUGAAAAAUUAUAUCACUGCCAAACAGUUAAAACCGGGAAUGCUAUAUGAAUUCCGAGUAAGAGCUAUCAAUGAAAUGGGGGAAGGAUCAUUGUCACCAGUUUCUGAGCCUUUUCAAUGCAUAGCGAAGAAAGAUAUAAUAUCGAUGAAACCACCUAUUUUCACCAGUUUUAUUGAUGAUACUGUUGCAAUGAUAGACGAAAAAGUGAAAAUAGAAAUCCAUUUUGAUGCUGGAACCGACCCAGAAAUUCACUGGUUUAAAAACAAUGAAGAAAUAUUUCCCACCCAACGAAUUUCUAUCGAAAAAAUGAGCAGCUUCUCCAUACUUACUAUAGCCGAGAUGGCCAAAGAUGAUGAAGGCGACUUUCAGAUUGUGGUAUCGAACGAAGCUGGGAGCGCAAAGCAUAAUUUCAGUCUUUCAUUAAUUUCUUCUCCACAUAUCUUCAAACCAGAGUUAUAUUCUAAGCCUCGAAUACAUGAUAAAGGCGAAUAUGUCAAGUUAAGUCUCAAAUUUAAUGGUUAG